AUGGCGCCGCCGCCAACGGGGAAGCCGGUGGCCAUCACGGCGCUGCUCAGGCGCGCGACGCGGCCGGCGCACCUCCUCCAGCUCCACGCGGCCAUGCUCAAGGCCUCGCUCUUCCCGCACCACGCGUUCCCCACGGCCAGGCUCCUCGCCUCCCCGCUCGCGCCGCUCCACUACGCGCUCUCCCUCUUCGCCGCCAUCCCGCACCCCACGCUCUUCCACCACACGGCGCUCCUCCGCGCGCUCUCCGCGGCGCCCUCUUCCGCCUUCUACGCCUCCGCCGCCGCCUCCCUCGACGUCCUAGCCUCCGCGCGGGCGCGCCUCCCUGCGCUGGACGAGUUCGCGUUCCAGCCGCUCGUGGCGCUCUGUGCCAAGAACCCCCGCGACGGCGCGGCCGGGGAGCUCGGGAGACAGGUCCACGCGCUCGUGGUGCGUUACGGGUUCUUAAGCGUCGUGAGCCUGGGGAACGUCCUGUGCCACCUCUACUGCAGCCUCGGGAGCAUGGGAGACGCGCGGAGGUUGUUCGAUGAAAUGCCUGAGAGGGACUCAGUGUCGUGGAACACGAUGAUCGGAUGCCAUGUCAGAGUAGAGGAGGUCGGUACAGCGCUGGAGAUGUUUAGUGCUAUGAGGUGUCGUGGUGUGGAUGUCAACGCGACGACAGUGGUCGCCUUGGCUGCAUGCGGGUGGCGAGGCGAGUCGUUGCAUGGGUUCUGCAUCAAGACAGGCUUAUUCACGGAUGUGAAGGUGGCGACAGCAUUGCAGGGAAUGUAUUUCAGGAAAGUGGGUACUGGAUGUGCAAAGAAGAUCUUCGAUGAGGUGAUGAGGAGGGAUGUGGUGCUAUAUAAUUGUAUGGUGGAUAACUGCGCAAAGGGAGGGAAAGUUGAGGAGGCAAUGGGCUUGGUGGAUAGGAUGAGGCAGGAGGGGGUGAGACCAAACACUGGGACUCUUGUGACUGUGCUCUCUGCAUGUGGAACGUCAGGGGCAAUCGCAGCUGGUUGUCGCAUCCACGACCUUGCGCUGGAGCUUGGCCUUGAGCUUGACACUGCACUAGGAACAGCACUCAUGGAUAUGUACUUCAAGUGUGGGUACCCCAAUGAAGCGCAUGUAGUUUUUUAUGCAAUGCGUGAUAGGGAUGUGAUGACAUGGACUGCAAUUAUCAUGGGACUGGGGGUUAAUGGGCAGUCAGAUGCGGCGUUAUCCCAGUUUCGUGCAAUGGCACGAGACGGAGUGGCUCCUAAUGAGGUUACCUUUCUUGCUGUGCUGAAUGCUUGUAGCCAUGGCGGGUUAGUAUCUGAAGGGAAGAAGCAUCUGGAGAGCAUGGUCCGGCAAUAUGGCAUAUCGCCUCGCAGCGAGCACUAUGGUUGCAUCAUCGAUCUCCUUGGAAGGGCGGGACGGUUGGAGGAAGCUUACGACCUCAUGAGAAACCUAUCCUCCCAUGGUGAUGCUAUGGCUUGGAGGGCUUUGCUUGCAGCCUGCAGGGUCCAUGGCAACAUCGAGCUGGGGAGGAUGGUACAGGCACAGUUGGACGCUAUGGGGGAUUAUCAUCCAUCAGAUACCAUUCUGCUGUCAAAUGUGUACGCAUCGGAAGACCGAUGGGAUGAGAUAGCACAUGUCAGGGAUUCAGGACAGAAAUUAGUCAUGUACAAGAAACAAGCAGGUUGCAGCUCCAUUGAAGUGUCGUUCUAA